UGUCACUUCAGCUGAUCCAAUCACCGAGCGUCUCGGAGUUUAUAGUGUAGAUGGGCGAGGCUUCAAUUAAGGGGCGUAGCUGAAACUGGUUUGCCUUGUAUGUGGGAGAGUAGUCCUUCUGUUUCUGUCACGACUAUGUUUUUAAGGAGUGCCUAGCACAGUCACGUAUGGCUGAAGUAUUACCCGUCGGCGCUCCCUUGCUCUUGUCGUCCGUCAUGAACGCCAUCUUCCAGGCUCAGGAGGACGCAGGCACCGCAGCGGCUGCUGUUGGCUCUCCCGCGGACCCUCAGUGCGGGGAGGACUACCUGUUUGUGGAAACCACGCAUCCAAACACAGUCCUGCGGGGCUUGAACAGCAUGCGGCUCAACAAAGCUUUCUGUGACGUGACUCUGUGCUGUGGAGGACAGGAGUUCCCCUGUCAUCGCAUUGUACUUGCAUCCUUUAGCUCAUACUUCCAGGCAAUGUUUUCAGCUGACCUGCUGGAGUCCAAGCAGGAACGUGUUGCCAUUAAUGGAGUUGAGCCCCAGAUGAUUGGCAAGCUGGUGACCUACGCCUACACAUCAGAGGUCUUCAUCACUAAGGCAAACGUACAAGCACUGCUGGCAGCGGCCAAUUUGUUGGAUGUGAUGGCUGUUCGAGAGGCUUGUUGUCGCUUCAUGGGGCGUCAGAUGGAUGAGACAAACUGUGUGGGAAUUCAUUGCUUUGCCGAGGCCCACUCCUGCAAGGUGCUGGAGAAACGCAGUAUGGAGUACAUUUUGGAGAACUUCAGCACCGUUUCUCAACAGGAAGAGUUCCUCACCCUCUGUGUGGACAAACUUACGGAAAUCAUCUCCAGCGACCUUCUCGAUGUGCCUAAAGAGGAGAUGGUGUUUGAGGCCGUCAUGCUGUGGUUGAAUAAAUGUCCCUCUCGCAAGCAGGGCUUUGAAAAGGUCCUCGAGCACAUCCGCCUGCCUCUCAUCAGCCCUUACUACCUCCAUGACCUAGUUGAGUCUUUAGAUGUGGUGAAGGAGAACCAGGCUUGUCAGAAGCUCAUCUCUGAGGCCAAGGAUUACCUGCUGCUGAAGGAUCGCCGUGGAGAGCUCUACAGCUCCAGAGCGAGACCUCGUAGAUCCACAGGAACUGUUGAAGUGAUCGUGACUGUUGGCGGAGAGGACGACAAGGUGGUGCUGCGCAGCGUCGAGAGUUUUGAUCCCGUAACAAACCACUGGAAGAACCUGGCGUGCCUGCCCUUCGCCGUCAGCAAACAUGGUCUAGUCGUCUCAGACUCAACUCUAUAUUUGGUGGGGGGAGAGUUUCCUGAUGGCUCAGCAAGCAGAGAGAUGUGGCGCUAUGAUCCUUGCUUUGACUCCUGGAUGGAGAUGGCUCCCAUGAAUGUAGCUCGCUCGGAGUUGGGUCUGGUCAUGCUGGACGGCUUUGUUUACGCAGUCGGAGGGUGGGAAGGCCGAGGUCGUCUGGACUCGGUGGAGUGCUACAAUCCCCACACCAACUCCUGGCAGUUCACGCCGUCUGUAAAGAUGGCUGUUACAAGUCCUGCAGUGGUGGCCCUGGAUGGUCUGCUCUAUGUUACUGGAGGCGCAGUUCUUGAGGAUGGAGAUGGCACCGACCUUGCGCAGGUUUACCACCCAAAAACCGCAGUGUGGACAGAGGUCGCCCCCAUGCAGAUUGCACGUUCAGGUUCAGCUGCUUGCACGCUCAAAGGGAAGAUCUAUGUAAUAGGUGGAUGGCAUGCUUCAACGGAGAACACGGAUAAAGUUGAGUGUUUCAACCCAAAGACUAACCAGUGGACUAUGUGCGCUCCCAUGAAGGAGCGGCGCUACCGGCCGGGGGCUGCAGUAGUGGAUGGAAAGAUUUAUGUCUUAGGAGGUGAAGAGGGUUGGGACAGAUAUCACGACACUAUUGAGAGGUACUGUGAAGAAACCGACACCUGGGAGAUUGUGGGGGAGAUGCCCACCAGCCGCAGCUGGCUCAGCUGUGCAUCUCUCCAGCUGAGGAAGAAUGUCCACAUAAGCAGCCGUCCUGGCACUCCGUGCGAAAACUGAAGUAUGAUAUUGAGGGGAAACCCUUGUGUGGUUUUUAAUAAUUUGCAUUCUUCAUGUCAGCAGUGACCCUCAUGAUUAGAGGUGUUGAGGCUGCUUGACUAAGAAGGAUGGAGGAGUAGACCAAAAGGAGCUUGAGUUUUCCUGUGGGUUCUAGUCAAUGCCUUAUGGAGUUAGUCAAGGACACUUGGGUUACUCCAGGAUAUUUUUUUCUUACAGGAUCUCAAGUUACUGUGACCUGCAGUCUAGUCAGCAGUUGGAACUCGUGUUCUGUUCAAUGUUAAUGUAUUUAAGGUACCUUUUUAAUGUUUGGGCACCUCAAACUGAAGAUGUUCCCAGCUAACAUACUGUAUUUUUCUAUUGUAAUGUAUUUUGGAGAUGACUGGUCUGAAGUUGUUGAGGUUCAAUGGAAUAUAUUGUGAAUAUUUUCAAAGGUUGCCUGCGAAGGAAACAAAACCUGUGAGCAGUCUUUUGUAAUUGAACUUUGUACGUUCAGAAUGUUUGUCUUCUCGACCUGUGAUUUGUAAAAAAUAUUUUUGUAAUGUUACUUGUGUUUCUAAUGUUUUGUAAUGAGUUCUUUAUGUUGGUGAAUGUAUUUAGAGUUAAUUUACAGCGAAUAAAAAGCUUUAUUAUAGA